UCUACCUUUCUUUCUUCCUUCCUCCUCUCGCACCUCCUCUCGACAAGUCGAAGGAUCAGUAUUCGAGAUUAUCUCUGUUGAUUCGUUUUCUGGAAACGGAGGAGAAAUGGGUUUCGAGGAUGAUCCGUACCGUGAUGUAGAUGGGGAGCCAUUGAUGGACUUUGAUGACUUCGGAAACGAUCGUGAGCCAUCUUCAGAGCCAGUCCAGGACUUUGAAGAUAACUUGGCCGAUGAUAUCGGUGAAUGGGAUGGUGAAGGGUCACAAACGCCUGUUUAUGAUAACGACAAAGUCAAACCUAGGAAGAGGUUGGUGAAGAAAGGGUCUAGUGGAAAGGAGAGUAUCGAUGUUCCUGAAUUGAUUGAUGAGGACAUAGAGGAUGCGGAGUUUGAUGAGUUCAUGGGAGGAGGAGGAGGUGGUCGUACAGAUUAUGAUGAUGAUAAGGUUGGUAGGAAGAGGAAGAAGGAGAAAGAUCGAAGUGGUAGUGGCAGUGGGAAGGAGAAGAGGAAUAAGUUCCCAAGCCGCGGUGAGAGGAAGUCGGAGGAGAUUGAUGAGAUGUGGAAAUCUAUUGCACAUAACCCAGAGAACGAUGAAGAAGGUAUUAGGACUAUGGAUGACGAUAAUUUCAUUGACGAUACUGGUUUGGAUCCCUCUGAGAGGUAUGGAGGUGACGCUGGAGACCGCUCUCCAACUCAUUUUCCUCAGGCAGAGGAGGAUGAUGAUGAUGAGGUAAAUAACCUUUUCAAAAUGGGGAAGAAGAAGAAAAAGACUGAAAGAAACCCUGCCGAAAUCGCGCUUUUGGUUGAGAAUGUGAUGGCUGAGCUUGAGAUCACUGCUGAGGAAGACGCAGAACUUAAUAGACAGGGGAAGCCUGCUAUUAACAAGCUUAAGAAACUUUCCCUUCUUACCGAUGUACUGGGAAAGAAGCAGCUUCAGACAGAAUUCCUGGACCAUGGAGUUCUAACUCUGUUGAAGAAUUGGCUUGAGCCUCUUCCAGAUGGAAGCUUGCCAAAUAUAAACAUCCGUGCAGCUAUUCUACGGGUUCUCACUGAUUUUCCAAUUGAUUUGGACCAGUAUGAUCGUAGGGAGCAAUUGAAAAAAAGUGGACUUGGAAAGGUCAUUAUGUUCUUAUCAAAGUCCGAUGAGGAAACUACUUCAAACAGACGACUAGCUAAGGAUUUGGUUGAUAAAUGGUCUCGUCCAAUUUUCAACAAGAGUACUAGGUUCGAGGACAUGAGAAAUCUUGAUGAAGAUAGGGUUCCUUAUAGAAGACCAGCAGUAAAGAAACCUACCAACAAAGCUUCGACGAUGGAGUCCAGAGAUAGUGACUUUGACUUAGAUAUUCGGCAACGUAAAUCUGGCCUGACUUCGGGUCAGAGUUCAAGGGGAGAUUCGUCCAGGAAUAUGACCAUGAGACCAGAAGCAACCCCAUUGGACUUUGUGAUUCGUCCUCAAUCCAAGAUUGACCCAGAUGAGGUCAGAGCCCGUGCUAAACAGGUUUCUCAGGACCAGCGUAGACUGAAGAUGAACAAGAAACUGCAGCAGCUAAAAGGAACAAAGAAGAAGCGGUUGCAAGCCACAAAGGUCAGCGUGGAAGGUCGGGGUAUGAUCAAGUACCUGUAGAGAGGUUGCAACCAGGCCAUCGAGCCACGUUGGAACUGGGCUCUUCUAUCUACUUGUAAUCUUCACCUUUGCUUGGAUCAGUGUUUAAAGGUCUUCGAGAUGAAGUCAGAGACUUGAGGCAUGGGGUUUUAUACUUACAUGUACUCUACUAGAUAAUGAUUUGCUUUGAGUCUCUAAUGUAAUGGGAAGUGAAAGAAACACUGUUCGUCACCUUCCUCUUGAGAUCAGAAAAUAUUCUUAAAUUUAUUUAUGGUAAUCAUUGUCCGUUACACAAUAAAGAUCCGACUUAUAUUGAAUUUUUCCCUAA